CAGGGCCUCCUGCUUACUAGGAAAGUACUUUACCACUUGAGCUAUGUCCCUAGUCCUUUUGUUUUUGUUUUUGAGACAGGACUUACCUACUUUUGGCCAGGCUAGACUGAAUUUAAGAUUCUUCUGCCUCCACCUCCCAAGUAGCUGGCAUGAACCACCACAACCGGCUGUUAAUAAUAUCAUCCCCAUUUUAUAGAUGAGAGGUACUCAAUUGAGGCACUGAAAGAUUAAGUUGUUUGACUUAAGUUUCAUAGUUAGGAAGUGGCAGAAAUAAGGUUUGAAUAAGGUAGAAUCCAUGCCCUUAAAUCAUAAUGCCUGAAGCAUAGGUCUGACCUUAGCAAUUCAGACAAAAAGGAUCACCAGGAUUUCACUAUAUGAAAUACAAGUUGUCUCAUAAAGGCAACUUUUUGCCCCUCAAUUCAGAGAGUAGACUGUUAGGCUUGGGCCCAUGUGGGGGAUGGGAGUUCUUUUUCUAUGAUGCAGUGAUGACCUCAGUGUAAACUGCCACUAGGUUGAGGAAAAUGGAAUGGCUGCUGGAGGACCUACUUGGGGUUGAGGGAGAUAUAGGGUUUCUCUGGGGCCAGCUGACCUAUGCUCUGGCUUGCAGACACUGUGGAAGCAGCACCUGUCUCCAGAGUCCAGGGAAUCUGGUGAUACUAUUUUUGUUCAUGGUUUGGCAGAUCCGAAGAUGGUGGCAACAACUUCAGCCUUGGUGCUCUGGAGAUAUGAUUCAAGGCAAGGGUCUGCCACUUCUGUAUCAUUUGGCCUUCCUUGAUUGCUUGUGGAAACAGAAAUUAGAGGUAGAGGAAGAGGAAGAGGAGGAGGAGGAAGAAGAAAAAGAAGAGGGGGAAGAAGAGUUGUCAUCUCUGGACCCACUGAAAUCAAGUUCUCCUAUUAAAGAAGCUUCCGUUGGAGAGCAAGGCACCAAAGCCCCACCCCAGCCAUCUUGUGGUUCUGAGGGCCUCUCCAAGGCCAUAGAAAUACUCACACAGUCCUCAAGCUCUUUUAGAUCCUUCCCUACCUUCCAGAUCCUGACUAAUCUACCUGUGAGGAACAAAAUAACAUCAAGCAGCCACCUGCAGCAAAAAAAAAGCCAGCUCUUCUGGGGUCUCCCCUUUCUGCACAGUGAGUCCUUGGAGACUAUCUUCCUGAGUUCAGAUGGCUCCUCUCCUCUGAAGUUGUCUGUUUACCCUUCUGUCUUAUUCAAUAAGUGUGCCUUCCUCCCUAAGUACAACCUGCCGCUUCCCCAUUAUCGUUCCCCAAGCCGGUUUCCUACCCAUGAAGCCCAUACCAUCGAAGAUCUGGAAGAAAUGGCUCCCAGUCCUCAGCUAGUUCCAUCUCCAUCUUCCCCUUCUAUCUCAUCACUAUCUUUCCAUCUUAAGCCCUUGCUUGUGCACCAUGGGAGAGUCCUAUCUGAUGCUAAAGCAUGUGCACAGUGGCUUACAAAUCAGACAGAGGGUCGUUGGGUCUGCAAGGAUCAAGCCCUGCAUUCACAGCCUGAACUCCAAAGAAUAAGACCCUCCAAGCUUUUAUCCUUGUCUGAAGCCUGGUGGGAAAUUCCAGGGGACCCCAGCCUCCAUAAACACAAUCUAGAGUCACCUUCUGCCUCUCUGCAGUAUCCCUCUACUCCUUUGGGGGUCCUAGUUAGGUGUGAAGCCCCACAGAGGACCAUAGGACAAAAUGAGCACCUGAAAGCUUCUGAGGCAGCAAUGCUAGUUCCUAACUCAACCUUAGGCCCCCUGCCAGAACUCCAGAGAGUCAACCCUAUAGGAGGUAUGUCUGGAUCUAAGGCCAUCCAGGAAACCAGAGAGCUAAAAGAGAACCCUCAGAUCUCUGAGCCUCUAAUUCUGGCCCCUUGCCAACCCACAGUAGCCAUGAUAGAACCUCAAGGAACUAACUCUCCAGGAGUUCCACCUAGAUAUGAAGUUCAGUGGGGAACCAUAGGAUAUAACAAGAGCCUCCAAGCUUCUGGGCCCCUAAAAACAGCCUCCUGCCAACCCCCAGUUUCUCUGUCAGAAACCCAAGAAGUUAGCCCUAGAGGAAGACUUUCUGCACCCAAAGACUUCUGGGGAGCCAUGAUUUACAGAGAGAACCCACAGAAAGCUAAGUCUCCCAUGUCAGCCCUCUGUCUUACACUAGACUCCCAGCCAGAACUCCAGGAAAAGAAUCCCCUAGAAGAUCCAUAUGGAUAUGAGCCUCAGUGGGAAUGCAGAGAAAACUCAGGAAAUCACCAGGCCUUUGAACCCCAAGCCUUGGACCUCAACACAGGGCUCUAUGAAACCAGCCCUGCAUGUGUCCCAACAGGAUCUGAAACGCCAUGGAAGGUCACACAGAGUAGAGAAAAUCUUUUGGUCUCUGUAGACCCAGUUUCAUCUUCCAUCCUUCCCUCGGCACCUCUGCUGGAGCCUCUUGUAAUGGGCCCCCAGGAAAUCCUGUCAGAAUCCAAAGCUUUGUGGGAGACCAAGGGGCAGAGAGAGAACCUCUGGGUAUCUGAAUCCACAGACUCUGCCCAUAGAACACCUUUAGCCCCCUUUACAGAACCACAAGGAAUCAAUACUAUGGAUGGCUUUCCUAGAUCAGAAGCAAAACUAAAGGAUACUGAGCAUUCCAGGAAUUUCUGGGCUUCUGAGCCCUCAUCUCUGGCUUUUAGCCCAUCCACAGCUCUUAUACUAGAACCCCUCAGAGUUAGCCCCAUGGCUGUCCUGUUUGAUUCUAAAGCUAGGUGUGGGGACAUGCAAAGAAGAAAGAACUCCUGGGCCUCUGAGCUUCCAGCUUGCAGCUUACUUCUUGGAGAUACCUCCCUGUCUGACUCUGAGCAUAUUGGUGGGAACAUGGAAGAGAAAGAAAACUGUUGUGUUCCUGUGUCCCCAGUUUGGGGCCCCAGUCCACCCCCAAACUCUGUUUCAAAGUCUCAUAUAAGUGAGCCUUUUGGAGACCAGUGCAACUGUAAGCUAGUGGGAGAAGCAGUGGAGCAGAGAAAGAAUUGUUGGGCCACUGAACAACCUGCCCCCAGCUCCUCCUCUGCUCCUCCACUAGAGUCACACACUGAACACCUUGAGUUUGUGUGUAGAAAUGUACAAGAGAGCGAGCUCCCCCAGGGUCACACCUCUCUAGUGGUGAAUAACUUGCAUCCAGUAUCCUCAUCCCCUACCCUAACUAAAGACCUGAAGAUUGAGCCUACCCAGCCUGGCCUACAGAAGGGAGAGAGAUUCUCAGAAGCUAAAGCAGAGGCCAUAUUCUCCCAGGGUAAGGUCAUCCCAGAGGCGCUCACCCACCCUGGGAUCCACACCUGGCAAUGGAGUAGAGAAUUGGAACUCAGGCUAAAGAAAUUGCAGCAGAGCCCUUUCAGAUCCCAUGGCCCAAUUCGACCAUUUUGCAGCUCCCCUGCCCUGAACUCCAUAACUCCAGACUCUUCAGAACUCUCAUCUUGUCCCCAACAGCAGACUCAUCCUCUCUAUCUGCACCCCCACUCUUCAAGCUGUCAUCCCCCCAAAAUCCAGAGCACAGUACCUCAGCCUGUCCAGGCCCCUCAUUGUCAUCACUCACACUCCUUUUUCCAAUCUCAGCUACGAGCUUCCGGCAGGGUAAAACAAGAGUCUCAGAAAAAGGAGAGAAUGAAAGGGAAAAUGGUGGCCCAAGCCCCAUUCAAGGGGCCUUGUGUUUACGUGGAGGCUGAUAAGAACUGUCCAGGCCUAGAAGACCCCUCGAACACAGGGGUUAUGGCCUCAGGCAAAAGACAGGACAAGGCUUCAGCCCUAUCUUCAGCCCAAAAGAGUGAUCCAAGAAAACCCAAAGCAGGAAAAUGUGGAGGAAGGGAUUCAAGAUUGGGUUCAUUCAUAGUCACUGAGAAGAGCCACCCUGCCUGGAGGCCAGCAGUGACCCCUGUAAACAGAUUUUCCCAAAAGUCUCAGCACAAGAGUCAGAUUUCUUGCCACACUGCUAUUCCUCAGCAGUUUCUCCCCAGUGCUGUGGGUUCCCAGGAUCUGCAAUGGAUAGGGGUGGUAGGUGAUGAUAUCCAGAACCCUCACCUCUGUAAGCACAAUCCUUGGACUCACAUAGAGAAGCAUCACCCAUCCUCUACACCCCAGGUUACCUGUACCAGGAGUUUCCAAAGAGUGUUAGACAAAUUUCUGGGUAUCCAUGGACCCAUGCCCACCAAAACCAGUCAGUAAAGGUUGGUAGUACUGGCACUAGUACCCCAUGACCUGAGCCAAACCAAGUAGAGGAGAGGAAACAAGGAGAAAAAAAAAAAAUCCUAAUAAAAUAGCUGAAC